AUGGGACUAUUGCAAGCAGUCCUGUUCUUCUUUGUCAAACAAUUCACCUAUUCGCUGACAGGAGGCCUCUACUAUGAACAUGCUGCAUACUUUUUCAUUAACGUGAUACAUUUUCUCUUUUAUACGUUCUUUAUAUUAUUUCCUUUAUUUUUCAUAUUGGUGUUCGGAUUUGGAAAUAUAUUUGCAGAGAUCAUUUACUCAUGUUGCAUCUUACUGUUUUUUGGAGUUAUCAAGGUCUUCAAUUUGUAUUUUCAUUCUUACUUUGAUUCCCAUUCGAAACAAGAGAAAAUACAGAACACAAAAACAAGUCCUCUUGCAGAAGCCACCAAUCUUCUCAACAACAACAAUAAUAAUAAUAAUAGCAACAACAAUAAUAAUAAUAACCACAAUAGUAAUAGCAACAACAACUCAACAGCCGAGUCUCGGAAUGAGGAUUCUCACAAUCACACCAAUAUUCUGACAAUUGAAGAAGAGGCAGGAGGGAGAAAGCCUACGACUACGACUACUACGAGUGGUGGCACUGGUGGCACUGCUCAUGAUGAGACAAUGACAAGUGAACAGACUCCACAUUUAACAACAACAACAACAACAGCUCAUGGAGAGGACCUUCAUAGCAUUGCCAUCACCAUUGUGGGUAAUAGUAACAGUCAUAAUAAUAAUAAUGAGGAAGUCAUUACUACUUCCAAUACUCAAGAGAAUUCUCUUUCCUCAACAACAACAAGAUUGGAAGGAGAGCAAAAUUCAUCCACUCAGAAAGUGACGCCGUCGACUGCAGUUCCACAAUUCGAUGGUUCUUCCGAUCGUGAAGAGGAGGGAGAUCAUAACGAAUCGAACAAGUCUUCUUCCUCGUCCAGCGACCCGAGUAGCGGAGAAGACUCCUCUGGAACGACCAUUCCAGUUCACAUUCAUCGAACAACAGGAGAAACGACUGUUCUUGGACAAAAUGAGACGACAAGCCCAUCCAAUGCAACAUUAACCACGCAGAAUGGAAGUAGUCAUCCUCCACAAGAUCAAAUUCCUUCUUCCUCUUCUUCGGAUCAUGUCAAUUCUUCACCUAAAAUUCCAGAGAUGAGAACUUUUGUGUUUGAAUUUGUGGAUGAAUUUGGAGAUAUUCAAUCGUAUGAAAUGUCUGUCACAUUGGAAGAAUAUGAACGAUUAAUGAGAGAAAAGAAUAAGAAUCAAACGAGUGCUGCCUCUUCAACUUCGACUCCUGUUGCAAAUGCUUCAGCUGAAAAUGGAGAGAAUUCGACUUCAGUUGCUGUUGCACAACCUGCUGCUACUGCUUCUUCUUUACAACAAAAAGACACUAGCUCAGAUUACAAAAUUUCCAUCCUUGGAAAAUCUUAUCACGUAUUUUUUGAUCGAAGAACUUUGGAAUACUUUUUAGAUCGAGAUUACAAUCCACGAGUGGAAGUUUUUGCAGUUCCUUUAAUUGCUUUUGGUGUGGCUUGGAUGGGGCUUCGAUUGACAGCAUUAUUGGAUCGAAAUUGGGCGAGUGUUGUUUUCAUGAUUUUAGCAAUUGCUCAAUCUCACUUUUCUUUGAUUAAGAGCCCAAAACCUGAAGCCAAUUCUCCGUUCCAUUUUUCACGAGGAAGUAAUUACAGUCGAUCGUUUUAUGUCUUAUUUUUUGGAACUAUUGCCUUAAUUUGCCAUGCCAUUUCAAGAGUUUCAUACCCAUUUGUGGUGAUCUAUGGCCUUAAUAUUAAUUUCGGAUUAAUUUUUCUCUCAGCCAAAGACAUUGCAACAUUUAUCAUCAUGUGUUUUCCAAUUAUCUUCCUAUUUGGUGUUUUACCGCAACCCAUGUCUUUUAUAUUUGUUUUUUGCGAACAAAUUCACAUGCACAUGUUUGGAGGAAGUGGAUCCAUCUCGCUGUAUGGCCUUUUAUUUCAAUUAUUUUCCUCUCUUGUGACUGUUGGCAUUCUUAUUGGUGUUGGAUACACAAGUUCUCUCAAUUUAACAUGGACAUUCGACUAUUACUCUGCAUUUUACAGUGGAAUUAUCGUGUCAGGUUGUUACAUUUUAAGUAGAAUGCCAUCGAAUCAUCGAUUUUACACCUCAAUUUUUGAAGACAUGGUUGCCAGAUAUUGGGAUAAUUAUAUUCCUCCAAAGAUUCGUCAUCAAAAAUCAAAAGAUGAAAUUAGAGAACGAAAGAAUAAGGAAUUGGAUUUGAAUAUUUCAAAUGUAAAUCCAGUUUGGAGAAUUAUCAAAGAUUUGUCAAUUGCAGCCAUAUGGUUUAUUGCGGCUUUUAUUCCACAAUUAUGGGACGCAUUCCAAAGAGGAAAUCCCUAUCUCUUAUAUGUAUUGACAGCUUUGAACGUAUUUAUUGGAAUUUUGUGUUAUUACAUUUAUCCUCAUCUCUCAAAACAUCAUCCAUUCACAAUAUUUAGAUAUCCUCUCCUUUCAAAGAACCAACCAUCUGUCAAGUUUUUAGGAAAACAGAAAUGGGUUUGGUACGAACUUGUAUUUUAUCUUCUACAAUGGGUAGAACUUGUAUUCUAUGUGGUGAUUAUUCUUUCAAGCAUUUCUUCGACUGUUUUCCAUUUACAAACCAAAUGUCACGCUGGAGUGGCAUUAACGAUUGCUUCCAUUUGUGCUGUGAAAUUAAUGAGAUGUGCCUUCUCAGAUCCAACACGAUUGACUUCUGCUCUAUUUUUCAGUGUGAUCAUUUCACAUGUGGACGCAUUUGAUAUUUCUGAAGGUUUAUUAGUUGACUUUUUUGUUUUCACAUACAUUAUGCCUAAAAUGGCUGAAAUUGGACGCAAAUUACAAUUCAUUUGCAUUUACAGUACUCCACUUUCAUGGUCUUCUGGUCUUUAUAUUAUCAUGCAACCAUUAGGACUUCCAUUUUCACAAUUUUUCUUUGUACAACUCAUCUAUUCAGUCAUUUCCAAUGCACCCAUGUAUCCUCUCAUUGGAGGUGCUUUAUGGUUUUUGGGAUACAGUAGAACUGAAAAAUUCUUUGAAAAAGAUUAUCGAACAAGUCGAAAGGAUGUCACUAAUCAAACAUUGGGGCAAACAUUGGAAGGUGGAGGACUUGAUCAACACACUGUUGACAAUUUGAACUCUAUUUUCUAUGAACAUUUAGUGAAUGCAUUAAGGGAGAAAUUUCCUGAAAUUAUUAGAAAGGGUCAAGUUGGACCAAUUCAACAAGGAGACAUUUUUAUAUUUAUUAAUGACAACUUGACAGCAAUUGUUCACAUUAUUGAGGUUGGAAGUGGUGUCUUCUCUUUCCAAAUUCGUGGUCUUGAAUUUAAAGGAACAAUUUGCCAAGAAGAAGAACAACGUAAUUUAUUAAGCCGAAUUAACAGGGAUGGAGAAGCCAUGUUUGACACUUGGUGUGAAGAUGAUUGUUUAUCUCCGUAUGGACCAAAAUUAGAACUUCUUUCCAUUAAGGAUAUGAUCUCGUUUAGAUGGCACACUUGGGAAGUUGUUCAAACUGGAAUCAAACUCAAAACAUAUAACAUGUUAGAAAACAAGGUGGAUAAUUUAAUGAGUUCCAAUGAUGAACGAAGAGCUGUCAUUACACUCUAUGUAAGAUCGGUUCUGUAUUAUGUCAUUCAAUCGGAUCAAUUGAAUCGUUGGAUUGCAUUGGAUCAUCCAUUUAUUUCACAUCUUGACAAAAUCGGAAAACAGAAAAGGGAAGAUUUGGAUCCAGUGUUUACUACAAAAUUUGAUAUUGAUUAUGAAGCCAAUGGAAUGGGUGGUAUUACUUUUAUGAAAUUUAUGGAAAAAUACUCUGAUUUUAUCGAUUAUUUCAUUGAGGAUCGAAAGAAAUCUCGAAAUGUGAAUUACAGUGAUGAAGAAAUAGAUCGAAUUCGUAAACUCUGUUUCUUGUCAAGUUUGACAGCACGAAGAGCUCUUGCUUCACACGAUGGAACCACUUCAGCACACAGUCUUCGAACAUUUAUUCAAAAAGUUCACACACUCUUUGUGGGUGAUUAUAGAAUCACCAGUACGAACGAUGAAUGGGUAUUUGGAGAUAUUAGUAUUUUGGAUCAUUGUAUCAAACCUGCCAUUUGUAUGGCUCUUCGUCUCUAUCAAGCAAGAUUUGCAGCAGAAGAUGUUGAAUCACCUGAGGUGGUGUGUAAUCUCAUUAAGGAUGAUUUUAAGGAUUUAGUAAUUACUCAUGAAGCAGAUCCAAAGUGGAGAGAGAGUAUUAUGGCAGAUCAACCUGAAUUGUUCUCUUUGAGAAAGAAGGUGUUAGAUAAGGGAGCAAUUGAUUACUUUAUUCUCAUGUUGGAAAUGAGAGAUAUUGAGUUUAGUAUUGUCAAGUUGAAUAAGGAAGGUGUGAGAAGUUUGUGGGCCUCUCAACAACAUGAAUUGGUAUAUUUGGGUGUGGAACAACCUGAGAGAGCGUCCAUUCAGAACAUGUCACACACUUUGAGAAAUAUCUGUAACUCGAGUAUGGACAUUCCAAUUGGUUACCCUGUGAUGGUGAGUUCAGUAACCACAGCUUAUUGGUAG